AUGGCUCCCAUCUCCAUACACGACACAUCGAAAUCCCUUCUCGAUGCAUCCCCAAGCUCUCCGGAAUUCAUUAUAAAGAAGCCCCACGACGAAUCGAGACUCCGUCCCAAGCAAUGGCAGCGCGACGUGACCUCGUCUCCCGCAGCCACCAUGUCAGCCUCCAGCAGCGCUGCGAACCGACGCAUCAUCCGAACCUACUCGAAGCGAAACGCAUCCGCUCUCGCCGAGCCGCCCGCUAAGAGACAAAGGAGCGAGUCUGCGGCCCCCAUGACCGAUCCCACACCACCCCCGCCUCCGGCUCCAGCCGUUGUCGUACCAAAGAAGAUGGCUGGGGCCGGCCAGCUCGCCAUUGAUAGUUAUUUCUCUUCGGCAAACUCUUCGGCAAACUCUUGGGCGCGUGCUUCAAAGCCCUCGAGUGACGUUGCGAGACUGUCCUCAGGCUCUGUGUCGGAUGAGGCGGCCCCAUCGCCCCCAUCGUCACCACCCAUGAGGAAAUGGACGAGUCCGAGGCGGCUCAAGAUUCGGCCGUCCCUCACACCCAUCUCAGCAGAGGAGGACAACAAAAAGAAGGCCGUUUCGGAAGACGAGGACGAAGGCUCGAGAAGAGGCGCUUUGGACAGUUUCUUCAAGCCGAGGAUAGCAAAUGCCGAGUCGAAAGAAGAAACCACCUCCCAGGCCACGAGACGAGCCAGCCGGCGAAACAAGGAUUUACCGCGAGACGUUGUCAGCUCCCCGCCUGCCCAGACGCCGGAGACCGCUACGCCAGUCUACAAUAUGCCCUACUCCUUUUAUGUAAAUGCCGCCAAAGCGGCCGCCGCUGCUGCUGCCGCCCCGGAGCCUGCCUCCACCCAGAGAACAGCCCCUGGCGCGAAGACAGUGCAAACGACCUUGAAUAUCUCCGCAAAGCUGCCGUUCAAAGAGUGCAGGAUCUGCGAUACCGUUUAUAACCCGCUCCACCCCGCCGACGUGAAGUUGCAUCAAACCCGCCACGCCAAGGCUACAGGGGAAGGAACGGGGUCGGAGACGAGGAGGACCAGGACAAGGCAGAGGUUGUUGUAG